GCGUUGUUGUGUAGUUGAAUUCUAAGUUGAAGGUCGUUUAUUAUUCUCUUUUGGUCUUUCUCUCCCUCGCCAUUUUCAUCUGCAGCACCUUGCUUCCUAGCUCUCUCAAUCCACAAUUAUCUUUUCAACAAUUGAAUUCCAUCACCAUUCUUCACUCGCCCAUUGAACCACAUUAUUAUUAUUAUUAUUAUUAUUAUUAUUAAUUGUUAAUUUAUAUCAUCCACCGGUACCGACAAUGGUAUAGAUUUAUUUAUAAAUCUAUAUAUUUAUUUUCAUGUAUCUAUCUAUGCGUGCGUGCUGGUCUCAGAUUUUUUCUUUAUGUCCCUGAAUUGAUGUUUUAUAGAAUGUCCAUUUUUCCAACAAUGGGAUUUCAGCAGGACACAGUUGUUCUGAUACCUCCUUGGCUUGAACAACUUCUUCACACACCCUUCUUCAACGUGUGUCGGAUUCACGCUGACGCCGCUAGAAGCGAAUGUAACAUGUUUUGCAUAGAUUGCAAUGGUGAAGCCUUUUGCUUUUAUUGCCGUUCUUCAAGACACAAAGAUCAUCAAGUCAUUCAGAUAAGGCGAUCUUCCUAUCACGAUGUAGUGAGGGUCUCAGAAAUCCAGAAAGUGUUGGACAUCAGUGGAGUGCAGACAUAUGUAAUCAACAGUGCUCGAGUUUUGUUCCUGAAUGUGAGGCCUCAGCCAAAAUCUGGAAAAGGAGUAGCUCAGAUUUGUGAGAUUUGUGGAAGGAGCCUCUUGGACCCAGUUCGGUUUUGCUCUUUGGGAUGUAAGCUUGAAGGAAUAAAGAAAAAUGGGGAUGCAAGCUUUGCUUUGGAUGGUAGGAAUGAAGAAUUGACAAUGGAUACUUCAAGGGGAUCAGUCUCGUCAAGACAGCAAGAAGAAGGAUUGCGUGAAGGUUCAACACAAGACAUGUAUUCAUCCACGCCUUCUCCACCUUCUUCAAAUGCAAGGAGAAGAAAAGGCAUUCCUCAUAGGGCACCUUUUGGCUCCUAAUUAAUCCCAAUGGUUAUUCCUUCUAUAUACCCUCCAAGUUGGUACAUAUUCAAUAUUCAGCAUCAUCUACAUUUUUUUUACUUGUAAUAUACAACCCUCUCUGGUGGGAAGCCUCGUGAUUAUAAAAUUUUUCAAUAAAAAUAAUGAAAAAGAAUAGGAGCCUUUAGAGGGGGGGUUUGUCCAAGGUCCGUGAUGUGGGAAAAGAAAGGGUAUAUAGGAAAGUUACCUCUUUUCGGGUCUAGGUCCCAAAAAACAAAUUCCCCCUUGUGAAGAUUCAAUAAUGCAUAAUUGUUGUGGGUGUAUACGUAAUUAAGGAAUAAAAACGCAAGUCUUUGGAGAGUCCGUUUUAUAGUUUUCAAUGGCCCACCAUCCACAUGGACCGUUUACAUAAAGAUAACCACAACUUUUUAUAUCUUUUGUAUUUUUAUUUAUUUAAUUUUAUUAAUUCGUGUGCAUGUAAUUAUGUAAAUUAACGGGGACAAAUCAACUUUCUAUUUAUCA